CCAUCGACAUCUCUGCUGUACCUUGGGAGAACAGGUCCUGUGUUUUUUUUUCCUGCAGCUCAGGAGAAAAUGUAUUGUUGUUACUGUUUUUAAUUUAAAGUUUAGGCUCUGAACAAAUGGCCCUGGGAUCAGUUCAGGUUUUCAAGUUUAUUUCUUAGAAACUUACUUAAAGUCUACUGAAGAGAGUGUUCCAGCAGCUGCUGUGAACCCAGGACUGCUCUGCAACACAGGGCUGAAACUAGAGCUAUAGCACAUCCAUGGAUACUCCAACUGCAGGAUUCUGAAGAACUGCUAAAUUAGACCAACGCAGAGGUGUUGAUUAGUAAAAAGGAGUGUUCCAGACCUUUCCUUUAACCUGUUUUAAUGUGUUCUUCACACAUGGUCGCUCAGUUACAGAUCACUGUGUGCCGAGCUUUAGCUUGCAGGGUUUGGAAACAUGCAAUCAAAACCAAGUGCAGGAGCAGCUGUGCUGUAAUACCAAAGUGCUGGUCCCCUGGGCAGGAGCUACCUGCAGAGCUUAGUCUGGAGGCUCCUGCAACCAGUGUUUGAGUGGAUCAGGAUUAACCAGCUGUGAAAUGUGUUUGUGAGGAGUGCAGAGAGCAGGACCUGGGGUGUGUGGAGUUGUGAAGAGUGGAUCGGAUCAGAGGUGAUGGAUUCUGUUCUCUCAUAGGUUUUUUUGCUUCACAGCCUGUGUGUUUUUCAACAGAGUACACAAUCACCAUGUAUGACACCAAGAAGAAGGAGCUGCGGUGGAAUGCUACCUACUUUGACUAUGCAGCAACUCUGCCUGAUGAAGACAUAAAAUAUAAAAUGUCCCACUUCGUGUCCAAUGGAGAUGGGCUGGUGGUGACUGUGGACAGUGAGUCCGGGGACGUGCUGUGGAUUCAGAACUACGCUUCUCCAGUGGUGGCUUUUUACAUCUGGCAGCGUGAAGGGCUGCGGAAGAUUAUGCACACUAACGUGGGCAUAGAGACCCUAAGAUACCUGACCUUCAUGUCUGGGGAGGUUGGACACAUCACCAAGUGGAAAUACCCUUUCCCAAAGGAAACAGAGACCAAGAGCAAACUGACACCAACUCUCUAUGUAGGGAAAUACUCCACAAGUCUGUACGCAUCACCAUCAAUGGUGCAUGAAGGAGUAACUGUUGUGCCCCGUGGCAGUGCCAUUCCCUUACUGGAGGGGCCCAAAACAGAGGGAGUCACAAUUGAAGAUAAUGGCGAGUGUGUUAUCACCCCCAGCACAGAUGUGAAGUUCUCAGGCAGGCUGAAAGAGAAGAGCAAACUCAACUACUGGAACGACUGGCUCCUGAUAGGGCACCAUGAGACACCAUUAUCUGCCCCUACCAAGAUCCUGGAGAAAUUCCCAAGCAACUUACCUAAGAAGCCUGAAAAUGUGAUUCCAGCUGACUCUGAUAAGGCCACUAUUGAAAAGGUUAUUGACAUCGUUGAAGGUUCCUCAACAGAAGUGCCUCCUGCUGUUCCAAAGGACAUUGAGGAGAAACCUGCUCGGCCUGUCCCUCGGCCAGAGGCUCCUGUGGACUCCAUUUUGAAAGACAUGGCCACGAUCAUUCUCAGCACCUUCCUGCUGGUGGGCUGGCUGGCUUUUAUCAUCACUUACCCAAUGAACUGGGGUCCUUUCUCACAGAGCGUGCUUCAGCAGCAACAGAGGCAGCACCAGCUGGAAGAGAAGAUACAGCUCCUGCAGCAGCAGAAGCUGCCUUUCCAUGCUCCCAGUGACCUGCCCACGGAGGCAGACUUCCUGGACACCUCCUAUGGCCGGACAGAGAGCUCAGCUACCAGCACACCAAACAUGUCCCCCAGGGCAUCAAACCAUUCUGCCUACUCCAGCAUCUCCGCAUCUGAUGCUGGGAGCUGCCUCUCCACUGAACAAGAAGAGGGUGAUGAAGAUGCACAGAGAGUGAUGGUUGGCAAGAUUUCCUUUAACCCAAAAGACGUCCUGGGACACGGAGCUGAGGGGACAAUUGUUUACAGGGGCACAUUUGAUAACCGAGAUGUUGCAGUGAAAAGAAUUCUUCCCGAGUGCUUCAGCUUUGCAGACCGGGAAGUGCAGCUGCUGCGCGAGUCGGACGAGCACCCCAACGUGAUUCGCUACUUCUGCACGGAGAAGGACCGGCAGUUCCAGUACAUAGCCAUUGAGCUCUGCGCUGCCACUCUGCAGGAGUAUGUGGAGCAGAAGGCCUUCAGUCACCAUGGCCUACAACCCAUCACACUCCUGCAACAGACAACAUCUGGCCUGGCCUACCUGCACUCCCUUAGCAUUGUCCACAGGGACCUGAAGCCCCAUAACAUCCUCAUCUCCAUGCCCAACGCCCAUGGCAAAGUCAAAGCGAUGAUCUCAGACUUCGGCCUGUGCAAGAAGCUGGCAGUGGGCAGGCACAGCUUCAGCCGUCGCUCGGGAGUGCCAGGCACUGAAGGUUGGAUUGCCCCAGAGAUGCUGAGUGAAGACUGCAAAGAGAACCCUACGUACACUGUGGACAUCUUUUCUGCUGGCUGUGUCUUUUACUAUGUGGUGUCUCAGGGCAGCCACCCCUUUGGCAAGUCCCUGCAGCGCCAGGCCAACAUCCUGCUGGGCACCUACAGCCUGGAGUCUCUGAGCACAGGGAGGCACGAAGACAUAGUUGCUCGUGAUUUAAUAGAGCAGAUGAUAAACAUGGACCCUCAGAAACGGCCCUCUGCCAGCUGUGUGCUAAAACAUCCAUUCUUUUGGAGUUUAGAGAAACAGCUCCAGUUUUUUCAGGAUGUCAGUGACCGGAUAGAGAAAGAAUCUUUAGAUGGUCCAAUCGUCAAGCAAUUAGAAAGAGGUGGAAGAGAGGUGGUGAAGAUGGACUGGAGAGAGCACAUCACAGUUCCUCUUCAGACAGACCUUCGCAAAUUCCGAUCCUAUAAAGGGGGCUCCGUGCGGGAUCUGCUGAGGGCAAUGAGAAACAAGAAGCACCACUACAGAGAACUGCCUUCAGAGGUGCAGGAGACCCUGGGCUCCAUCCCAGAUGAUUUUGUAUGUUACUUCACAGCUCGUUUCCCUCACCUGCUCCUACACACCUACAAGGCAAUGCACAUCUGCUGCCAGGAAAGACUGUUUCAGCAUUACUAUCAUCAGGACUCUGCAGAGCUGAGCCUUGCAGGAGACACUGUUUGAGAGGAGAGGGAGGAAGCUUUCUUCUCUGGGACCAACAUUCCAAGCACUGGGCUGUUAAAAUGCCUACCU